GCAAAACGACCGGGUGUGUCUUGAGCUCCCUUUUCUGUCUCAUUCGGGUAGACGAAUACUGCCCUCUAUCGUCUGCAUAAUGCGGCCUCGCGUCGCGUUCCGCCUAAUUAAAUAUGGCAAAAAAACAGGACUUCAUAACAAUUGAAUAGAUUCUAGAUACGAGCAUUUGAUUUUCACCGUUUUUUAUGCGAUAUUUUGUGGGACGCCUUCUAGCCAAGAAGGAUGAGUCGGGCUGGCGUGGGCUCUCUCUUCUACCUGCUUUACUCAGGGACCUGCUUGACACAGGCCAAAGAGUUCUGCUUUGGGGUGAAUAAUGAGCCAUACCGCUGUGAGAUGGGGUACUGCUGUGGUGAGACAGAAUGCUGCACCUACUACUAUGAGCUCUGGUGGUUUUGGCUUGUGUGGAGUGUCAUCAUCAUGCUCAGCUGCUGUUGUGCCUAUAGGCACAGGCGAGUCAAAAUGCGUCUGCAACAAGAACAGCGGCAGAGGGAAAUCAGCUUGAUGGCAUACCAGAGUGCCUCUAGCACAUUUAUUUCUCCACCACCCAUCAACUUCAGAUUCUGGACAAACUGCAAGCUUCCCGCUUACGAGGAAAUAGCAGGUCAUCCACCAACCCCUCCUCCCCCCUACUCCGAAACAGAUGGCAGCCCUGGUCCACAUGCUGACAUUCUCCUAAGCCCGCCAAGCUCAGUGCUACUGAUGGUGAAUUCACCAGCACAAACACAAGAGGAGGAGCCUACCAGCUGCAGCCAAGACAUUACAGCCCCUGGAAACGAGGAGCCUAAUUUAAACUCGCCAAACUCUCACUCUGCUUCUUUAGGAGAAGAGGUAAAUGAUUUGGAGGGAGCACUGGAUCGGCACGUCCAAGAAGAAAGCGCCCCAGAGUCUCCAGGUUCAGAGCCCCUUGGUGUAGAGGGUUUGGAGGAUCCAAGCACGCGCAGGAGACAUGUGACUGGUGACUCUGGCAUUGAGGUGUGCAUCUGUCACAUGGAUGACAACUCUGGCUCAGAGGAUGAUGAUGGAGAAUGCUGUCAGGCUAGGAUCCCAAAAACUGCUGAGCAGGGAGCCAGUAAGCAGACAGAAUCUGUUGCUAAGGCAACAGAGAGAAGUCACCUGGUGUAGACAAGUUGUGGCUUUCAUCCCAAUGUCACGUCCUUAGAUCAGAUAUUCUUUGAGAGGUAAUGUGACAAUGAAAAGUAGUCUUGAUCAGAUGAUUUAUCUGACGGUCAGAAGUCUCAUGAACACUGGUUAAACGGAGAGUCUUUUGGAUGUGAGCGUGACUAGUGUGUGGAAAGCUUAAGCAAAUGCAGCCAUUGCUUUUCUUUUCCUUAAUUGAGCCAUCUAUAUUGUUUCACUAAAUAAGAGCAUCUAGGAAAGAUGAAUAAGAAUAUGUUGACUUGGCACCUGAUUGAGCUGGUCAAGCAAAUUUGGAUUGUGCUUGCACUAUUUCAUUCCCUCCCCUCACAAGCCAAGUCUACUGGAACCGUUCAGAAGGAUGCCAAUAUGGUGAAACAGCUUACAUAUUAUUAUUUUUUUCUUUUUUACUAUGUAGGCAUUUUCAGCAAGUUCUGCAGCACUGAUGGUUUGAAAGCUGUUUUUUAGACAGACAGAAAGUAGCCAAUGUGUCAUAUCCAAUCACGCUAGUCACUCAAAGAAGGAAUAUUUGCGAGGUUGAAUGCUAAUACUGGGAUAGGUUAUGCAAUACCACACACGAUUUUUACACACCUUCCUUUAUAUCCGAGUGCUUUAUCUGUUAGUCAUGGCCAAUACUCUCUUGGAGUAGCUCUGAGGUAUACAUGGUUUUUUUCUUUUUUAUUAAUUUGCUGUGAUCCUGCUUAAAAAGAGAGCUUUUUUUUCUGUCAUUUCAAGUACCAGAGUGUACUUUAGAGAAUUAACAUCUAUUUAUCUUGAGCAAGCUAUCAUCUUAUUCAGACAGAAACACUGGUAUCUGAUUGUUGAGGGCUUUCAUGAGUCUCCAUAAUCUCUUCAUCUUAAUUAAUUUUGCUAGCCUCCUGUAGCUUGUCACGGCACUUGGAGGAUAAGCGACUGGCCCUCGAAUGGAGUUUCCACUCACUUCAAUGGGCAACGUGCACUGUAAAUUGAAAGCGAUCUGGCAGCCCUUCAACUGCCGAGAGGCCUAGGUGCCCUUGUAUGUUUUGUAGGGUCUAGUGAAACAUUUCUUUCUGGUGCUAUUUUGCACAACUUUUGACUGUUAUUUCUUAGGCUGUGGGGAAAUGCUCUGACUUGGAAAAGCACCAGAAUUUAAACACUGCAUGGCCUGGCUUGUCCAUGCAGAGCCGCUUCCCUCACGCCACAAGUUUAUGAUGUCUCUUUGAUUCCUUAAAGCCAGUGGGUGCCUGCAUUCUUCAUGGUUGCCUGGCAAUGGCAUGUCCAUGAUUAAGAAAGGGCUAUUUCAAUUUUUUUUAGUGUGUGUGUGUGUUAGUGUAUUUUUUUUUUCAACAGCACAGGAGCAAUUGAGACAGUUUGCUUCUUUUGUGCCAUGAAACAAACCAGAGAUUUUUUUUUUUUAAUGAAGCAGGCAGGCAUGGUGCUAUGACGAUGCCAGCCACAUACGUCUAUGCACCUUUAUAUUGAUGUGAGUCAGAGUGAUAAAGAGUCAUGCAACUGGUCACCUCGGCUUCCUGGUGUGCAGUUCACAACCUCUGGUCUCAAUUUGCACUUAAAAGCCAGGGGUGCGCCAUGUCAGCCGUGGAGAACCUCAUGUGGUUGCUGUUUAUUUCUUACAGUCAGUUUUUAUUAUCUAGUUACAGUACUUCUAACAGAUACUGGAGAAACCUUUUUAAAAAGAAAAUCCAAUUUGUUUAACCAGAAGUCAUUUCCUGCCUUUAUUUGGAUUCCUGGUUUAAGUAGUCAACUUGUCCAAGUCUUUAGGUAGACAAAAAUGCAGACAAGGUAAUGUUUUUCUGAGGACUGCAUUUUGUAAAGAGACGUUAACUUCUACGUGUGUGUGUGUGUGUGUUUUUAAAAAACAGCCUAUUUUUGAUGAGCAUAUUACCAGCGCACAAAUCCUCUGAGCAAGUCCUCAGAACCUAUCAUUUGUGCCUGUGUUUGCUCAUCGGCUGCUACUUUAAAUAAAAAAAGCUUUGAAGAAUAAGAAAUUAACUGAAUUGUUUGGUAAAAGAAGACAUUUGAGAAAAUGAAAGUGACAUUUUUUGAGAAAACAGACCUGCAUUUUGAUUUAGCAUUAGUUCAGUUAAAAGCAGGAAUUGACUUCCAGUGCAGGGAUUUGUUGGAAUAAACCGCAGCAUUUGUGUUGGGUCAUUUACUGAGUUUGAGGACCACUGUUGUGAAGGAUUCCCCCUUUUCCAUCACAAGAAGGCACUUGCAGAGUUGCUUGUUUUAGGAAUUUAGGAUAGAUACUUUUUUUUUUUUCUUUUUAAAGUGAUGCUGAACUGGUGUCUUAGGAACAACUUGUUGUCUCAUCUUGUAUUGGUCAUAUAAUCUAACCCUACAGGUUUAUAUUUUUUGCAGUGAUGUGUAAUUGCACCGCUGGCAGGGACUGUUCCACUACUGCUUUCAGAUUUGCUUUGACUUCUGCACUGCGAAAUUCUCAGAAGGUAAUUAUAACUCAUUAGACUGCCAGUGGACUCCACUGUGGUCCCUAAAGGCACUUUUAGUUUGGGGUGCACUGAAUUACUAUAACCAGACCACUAGCACUUGUUUCAAAUUAUGCGAAGGGUUAAGCAAUAUGUAGCAUAUCAGUAACACUUUCAGGUCAGACAAUCAGCCUUCCAGUCGUAUAACGCAGAGAUCAUUCUGGGGCGCUCUUGUAUGAAACCGCUGUGCACAGUGAACCAGCCCAAGGCAGGGCUGAGCGUUCAGUGACUCACAUUUGGUUUUCCUUGAUUAAAAAAUGAAAAAAUAACCUGGCCCAGUUGAACUGCAUGUGUAACCACUAAAGACUAUAGUCUUAAUAAAACUGGAGCGUCUGUUAGUAGAUAACCAACGUCUUGUAUAUCCAUAUGGGAUUGUGACAAGGGUGUCGGCAUAGGUAAAAGGAGAUUUUCAGAAGGAUCAGUUUAAAAUUGAAGUACAGGCAGAGGAAAAAACAAAUGCCUCCCUGUCAGCUUGGCUAUGCAGUUAUCUAUGCUGAUGCCCUAAAGAGGUGCGUCCGUGUCUUUGACACCAGUAGAGUCACAAUUUGAAAUAAAUGCAACCCAGAAAAAGAAGCACCUCUACUUGAUACCAAACCUUGAAGUUCCAGGAGGUUCUUUUGCAAUCGGAAGACUCAUUAAUGAGUGUCUCUGCAUACUGGGCAAUACCCUGGGGAUUAUCAAUCUGGAAUGAUGUCAGUGUAAUAAAAUAUUUAUCAUUUUGGCAGAAAACUGGAUUCAGUUUUUUAUCAAAAUAAAACUUAAGAUAAAGCACA